AUGGCACAACUAACCCAGGACCAGCAGCAGCGACUGGAGCUUUUAGAAUUGGAGGAAAAGCGGCUGCAGAACGCAGUUCGGCAUCUUAUACGUUCCAACGAGGAGCUCCAAGCCGCGGACGUCGCGGAGCCGGAUCCCGUGUACCGGGAAGCGCUUAUGGAGAAUCAAGUGGUUGUUCAGAGUCUUCGAGAGAAGAUCGCGUUGCUCCAGGCGGAGAUUGCGGAGAUGAAAGGAAGGGAUUCCGGCAUGGAGGAGAGGGGUGGAGAAGUAGGGAGAGGGGAUUGUGAGGGAGAGGAUGGUGAGGUACAGGGUGGUGCAGCUGGUGCUGCUGAUUCUGCAGCACCACCAGCAACUAGUGCACUAGAACAGAACCCCCCCCAUGCCCGCCAACCCUGCCCUCCCGACCCUCCCGAAUCACAGGCAAGCCAUGAGCAGGCGACCCAGAAUUCCCCAUCCGGGCAGGUGAAGAAGAUGUAG